AUGAGAGCAGUCCACUACCUAAAAGUAAAAGCAGCUACAGGGCAUAGGUCAGACUAUCCGUUUACGUGUCUGAUCAUCGAUCAAAUGUCACCUGUGUUUCCAUGGUUUUCCGGUGUAUGA